GGGAUCAGCAGGUUGAGUGUGGAGUGUCACUUCCUGUAAGUGCAGAGAGAGGCAGUGCUGAGUUAAAGACACACAAACACAGACACAUUACAGCAAAAUAGCGAGGGAAGAGAGAGGCAGAUUAUCUGAGUUUCAGCCGCUUCUCUGAUUUUCAAACAUUUGAUCAUGAAUAUAUCGAGAAGAUCCGAUUGAAUCUGUCGUUCGUGUGUGUAAAGGAGUCAAAGCGAAACCUUUUUUUCCCCGUGGCGCACGGAUUUCUCGCUCUAUUUAUCAGCCCGAUACACUUCAAAUCAUCAUUACAGGAGAUAUUUGAGAUAUUAUUAUUAUUUACUGUGUAUUUUGGGAGAGAGAGGCUUUUGAACAUGGGAUGUUUGGGUAACAGCAAGACAGAAGAUCAGCGCAUCGACGAGAAGGCGCAACGAGAGGCGAAUAAAAAGAUCGAGAAACAGUUACAGAAAGAGAGACAGGCGUAUAAAGCCACACACCGCCUGCUCUUAUUAGGCGCUGGGGAAUCCGGGAAGAGCACUAUAGUGAAACAGAUGCGGAUCCUGCACGUCAACGGCUUUAACGCAGAAGAAAAGAAGCAAAAAAUAUUGGAUAUUCGGAAAAAUGUGAAGGACGCAAUUGUGACGAUAGUAUCUGCUAUGAGCACCUUAACGCCCCCUGUGUCAAUCGCCAACCCGUCCAAUCAGCCUAGAACUGAGUACAUCAAAAGUAUAGCUCCACUCUCAGAUUUUGACUACACAGAGGAGUUUUUUGAGCAUGCAAAGAAUCUGUGGGAUGAUGAGGGGGUGAAGGCCUGUUUCGAGCGCUCAAACGAGUAUCAGCUCAUUGACUGUGCACAGUACUUCCUGGACAGAAUUGAGUCUGUACGACAGGGUGACUAUACACCAACAGACCAGGAUUUGCUGAGGUGCCGUGUUUUGACUUCAGGGAUUUUUGAAACUCGAUUUCAAGUAGACAAAGUCAACUUUCAUAUGUUUGAUGUGGGUGGUCAGAGAGAUGAAAGAAGGAAAUGGAUUCAGUGCUUUAACGAUGUGACCGCCAUCAUCUUUGUGGCAGCCAGUAGCAGUUAUAACAUGGUCAUAAGGGAAGACAACAGCACUAACCGGCUGCGCGAGUCUCUUGAUCUGUUCCGCAGCAUCUGGACUAACAGGUUUUUAAGGACCAUCUCAGUGAUCUUAUUUCUGAACAAACAGGACAUGCUGGCAGAAAAGAUCCUGGCAGGAAAAUCCAAACUUGAAGAUUAUUUCCCAGAGUAUGCUCGCUACACUCUUCCUCCUGAAGCUACCCCUGAUCCCGGAGAAGACCCAAAAGUGUCCAGGGCAAAGUUUUUUAUCCGAGAUGAAUUCUUGAAAAUCAGCACAGCAAGCGGCACAGACAAACACUACUGCUAUCCUCACUUCACCUGUGCCGUGGACACAGAAAACAUCCGUCGUGUAUUCAAUGACUGUCGUGACAUUAUUCAGAGGAUGCACCUCCGCCAAUAUGAACUCUUGUGAUUGGCUGCCUGGAUCGGUCGCUCCUCCAAUCAACAAUUAUCCAGUCCCACAUCACAUGGUGGGGUCUUUAAGAACUACUGAAGAGUGACUGUUGUGGGGGUUUUUUUCU